AUGGCUCAAUAUGACUGGUACAAACCCCCACCACCGGAAGAUGUGCGAAGGAAGGACAAUGAGCCGGGUGGUGCCUUCCCUCGUCUUUUCAAAGACUGCUUCACGCAAGCUCGCGAGGCCAAUCGAGCAGUGCUGCCAAAGAUCACGAGUGGCAUGGUGGGCGAAAACACGAACACCCUGGCCACCGCCAACAUGCCAAUGCCCAGGUCUCUGGGAGAUUUGGUAAAGUUGUUUGGACUAGCGAGAUUGGGCGCUCCGCGCCAUGACUCGGACGCAGCCGCGGGACUGGAUUUCGGACCUGUAGAUGUCCGCACAGUCCAGCCGGAUAGUAUGGCGAAAGUCCUUGAUCUCUUGGAGAAGGCCGUCGUCUUCUCGCGACCGGCGUGGGAUUUCGCCAUCAAGGGCGAAUUGAGCCCAUUGCCUGCCUGGGCAGACGACAAGAAGUUUACAACCGACAUAGACGCAGAGUCGUGCUUUGAAAACGCACUGCAAAUUCUGCAUCUUAUGGCCAUCGGGAUGGUCAAUGAUGGAGGAGCUCGCAUGGAUUACGACUCGUUCAAACUUGACCUCAUCAGAGCCAACCCCUCAAUUACGCGGAGCCUCUGCUGCGCCUAG